GGGAGGUGCUGAAGACCUGAUGUAAUAUAACAACACAUGAACAUACACAGAGAGAGAGAAACAGCAGCAGAUUCAGGAGAGAAACACACAAGAGAUGAAGAAAAUGGCUCAGACUCUGUUUUUCAGUCUUCUUGUCAUUGCUCUCUGUUCAAUAUCUGAAGGCAUCCAGCGCCGCUAUCAAUUUAUAAACAUGAAGAUGAACUGGACUGAAGCUCAGAGAUACUGCAGAGAGAACUACACAGAUCUGGCCACAGUCAACAACAUCAAUGACAUGAACGAGCUGAAGAAGACUGUGAAGAAGACUGUGAAUAACAAUCAGGUGUAUGUCUGGAUUGGACUGAAUAGAACAGAUGUUUAUAAAUGGAAGUGGUCUCGUGGUGAUCCUGUGAAAUAUCUGAACUGGGAAACUGGACCAUCAAAUGUCAAAAAUAAUUGUGCUUUUAUGAGAAAUGGAACAUGGCGUCAUCAGGACUGUAAUGUGAACAUGAGUCUCAUCUGCUACAAUGAUCAGGGAACUAUUAAAAUCCUUUCAGCCAAUUACGGGCGUACAGACGCUCAGACCUGCUCUACUGGAAUACAAGAUUACCAGCACUUAAAUGUUUGGUGCAGUCAGAAUAGAUCCGUAACAGUGGCUGCUCGAUGUGAUGGAGAAACGAGUUGUUCUUUGGUUGUGAGCGAUGCAGUCUUCACUGAUCCUUGUGAAGGAAAUUACAAAUAUCUGACUGUGUCUUAUGAGUGUGUUGCAGCACCACCAAACAGCAGUAAAUCAUACAUCAUUGAUACUUCUAAUAAAACAUGGAGAGAAGCUCAGAGUUUCUGCAAACAGUAUCAUACUGAUCUGAUCAGUGUGAGAAACCAGACUGAAAAUCAACUGAUCCACAACAUCAUUAAUGAUCCUCACACAUCUGUCUGGAUUGGUCUGUUCAGAGACUCGUGGGAGUGGUCAGAUAACACUGAUUCAGCCUUCAGAAACUGGAGGUCUGGUGAACCGAAUAAUUCUGGUGGUUCUGAAGAUUGUACAGAGGCCAGAGUGAAUGAUCAGGGUCAAUGGAAUGAUGCACGCUGCAGUAACUCUAACAUGUUUGUGUGUCAUGAAGAUGAGCUGAUAUUGAUCCAGAAGAAUCUGAGCUGGACUGAAGCUGUGAGAUACUGCAGAGAGAAUCAUGUGGAUCUGGUUUCAGUUGAUUCAGAGAAGAUUCAGCGCUGGGUGAAAGCAGCGGUUUAUCAGGCCUCGACUGCUGAGGUGUGGCUGGGGUUACGUCUCUCCUGCUCUGUGGGGAUCUGGUUCUGGGUGAAUGGAGAGAUCGCUUGUUAUCAGAAUUGGGCUCCGGGGAAUGAAACAGCAGUGGACGACUGUGAGCGUGAUGUGAGAUCUGGAGCGGUUCAGUCUGGAGGAGAUCAUCUCUGGAUCAGUAUUCCUGAAUCUCAAACACUCAACUUCAUCUGCAGAAGAAAAGAGAAAUAAAUAUUGUUUUUUGUUCCUUUGCUAAUUUCCUGGUUUUCGUUUCUUGUUUUGUUGCUUAACAACAGGGGGCAUCUAAGGGCCACACUACAAAUACUUGAAUCAAACUUUCAUGACUCCCAGCAUGCAUUGCAGUUGAUAUGUUUGUCUGAAUUAGUAUAAUGAUUUUGACCGUUCUUGAGGUUUAUAUGACAAGUGUCGGUGUCUAAGUGUGUUAGUAACAUAUUCUUUGUUUUUCUGUUCAUACUGUUACAGCAUCUUUUUAUUAUCAACCAAAACAUUUACAUUCAUUUCACAUUUUGACUCUUAUGCUUGGCAAACUCUGUCAAUUUAACCUCUUAACUCAAGAGCUCAACUAAAGCAAACACUGAUGACAAUGGUGGUUUAAUGUUUUUUUCAACAUUAAUUGCAGGUGCAAAAGUGAUAUUAAUUCAAUGCCAUUAACAUUGACAAACCAACAAUUUCUAACUUUUAUUAGAUUUCUUGCUGUCAGGGGACACUUUUUUUUCAUAUGUGAUUUGUAAAUAAGUUCAUAUUAGAGUUAAAGUGGCACUCACAGCAUCCACACGAGGGCUUAUAGCAGCUGGAUCUUCUUUUUUCUGAAUGUGACACAUAGACGAAAACACCAAAUAAGGAUCUCUGGGAAAGACGACCUGACAGGGCAAAACACAAAACCUUAUUACA